AAUGGAUCUUUACGACCCAUGGGGACUUAGAAAGAUAGUUAUGUCAAUUCCGUUGAAUGCCAGAGGAGAAGAUAUGGAUAUCAACAUCGAGCAUCCAUGCCAAGUAUUCGCAAUUCUAUUAAAGCAUGAUAUUUUGGGAAGGAUGCUAUUCCUUUGAUACAUGAAAUUUAACAAUAGGCUAUCAAAUAAAACCACUUCAGAGAAGCUUUUACAGUCCUUGUUCGAUGCAUUGACAGCAUCUACAAAGCUGAUGUUACAAAGACAGCAGUUUGAGUAUAAAUACGGGAUCAGGAAAGCUCACAGAAAUAAGAUUCGGUACAGUGAAGACGACAAGAAAGAAUUGAUUACAGCCUUAAAGAACAUUAUGAAAGUCUAUAACUUUCCCAGCGAUAUGCUUGAAGAGAGAGCAUCUUAUGCUAUCAAAAUGAUUCUUACUGCUAUGAAGGAAAUAUUGGUCAGAGAUAGUUAUCAUAUCCUAAAUCCUGCCAAUAGCAAGCUCAAAGGAUCUAAACUUGAUAAAACAAUAGUGCAAGAGAUGGACUAUUACUUCUGUGACGCUGACAAUGCAGUCAGCUGUUGUUACAAGUUUGAGAUGGUUAAAAAGAAGAAACUCUUGCAAUUCACUCGGAUGACUCCUUAUGUAGUUGACUUUGUCGAGACCACUACAGAUUUUUAUACCAAUUUUAGGAAUUCAGUAAUCGCUCAGGUAGCAGAGUCCAUUAAGAAGGAGGGCAAAUUGAAAGACAAGGAUAAUGUUGAGGAAAACCUGAAGCUUAAGAUCACGCAUUACCCACAAAUGGUUAUUCUUUCUGCAAUUCCAACCGACGAAGACAAUUUUCUGUUCAAACUUGUCCCUGAUGAGUUUGACCUGAGUAGAGUAAACUCCUCUCCAGAUGAGGAAGAAAAGAAAGAAGAGGAGAAUUUUGCUGGAACAGUAGACGAUAUUGGAGUCGGCUCAACAAUAUAUGAACUAAGAAACAUCAUCACAGUAAAUAAAAGAAACAAAUUCUUUGAUAUGGUGAAUAGAGAUGACGGUGAAUGGUCUGGAUAUGCACAAGGAAAUAACUUUGACAACCAAACAUCAUCAUUUUUGGAGUAUAAAGCCCCAGAGGAAGGCUCUAGAGUUUACCCUAUUGAAGAAGCGCAUAAGAUGCCUCAUCUGACAAUGAACAACUUCUUUGUAGAGCUGAAUCCUGUAAUUGUGAUCUUUAUGAAAUAAGGAUCCAUUCGAGCACACAAAGAAGAAAUUUGUUUCUACGGAAGAAGACCAUAUGAACUUCUACAACAAUGAUGAGAAAGAAAUGUUCGAAAAUGAUUUGGAGAUGGCCAAAAAGCUCCAGGAACAGUUAGAUGAAGAAGAGAGAAACAAAUAUAAAACUAAUAAGAAAUCCGACGUUAAGAUGUCAAGACUAAGCUGGAAAUGUAAAUUUUGAUACAAAAGACAGGAGACCUUUACAUCUUGCUCAGAUUGUGGAAGACAAAAAUCUGUUUGAAAGAAAAACAGUGAUUCAGAGGACUCAGAUGAAGGAAUGAGAGCAGACCUGCCAAGUUCAACAGGAAUGAGCAAUAGGAAAUUUUUCUAGGCACAAGGAUCUCACUUUAUCAAGUAUUUGAAAUAAAAUUUAGCAAAUCAUCUGUCCCUACC